CUCCUCGCCCCCUGCCCUAGAUCUCCCGGAGAGAGAGAGAGAGAGUGAGAGAGAGCAGUGGCGAUGGCGAUCGGCAGACUUACAUUCUUGUUGGCGGUCAUGAUGGUCGUCGUCUCGGCGAUGGUGGCGACGGCCGGCGCCGGCUUGCUAAGCGGAGAGGGAGGGCUGGGCUGGAUCGCGGCAAGGCCGGCGUGCGACGGUCCGAUGGGAGAGUGCUUCGGCGCCGAGGAAGACGAGAUGGCCAUGGACUCGGAGACCAACCGCCGGAUCCUGCAGGCGAACGGGCAGUACAUCAGCUACGGCGCGCUGAGCAGGGGCAGCAUCCCCUGCUCCCGCCGCGGCGCUUCCUACUACAACUGCCGCCCCGGCGCCCAGGCGAACCCCUACACCCGCUCCUGCAACCAGAUCACUCGAUGCGCUCGCGGUUGAGCCCCUCCCAAAUUACUGCCUAUCCUUUUGCUCCCCCCUUCCCUGAAGAACAAAGGAACUCCUCCUCCUUCCUGCCCUCCCUCUUCUGUGUUUAUUUCUGUCUUUGAUCGUGAUUCUUGGGUGUACACAUCCUUAUUAUUAUUAAUUUACAUCGCUUGUUACUCCUUA